AUGCAAAACCCUAAUACCUCUGUUUCCUCUUGGGAUGAGACUCAAUUCCGAAUUGACAUGCAGGGGCCCAUGGAUAUGACAUACAAUGCAGACUUUACUCCCCAUUCACCAAUAUGCAAUUCUCCGACCGAGUCAUUUACAGCACAGCGAUUUGAUAUGCUAUCAGAAAGUUCGGCCGAUAUGUCAAAUCAGUCAUGCUCAGCUUCCUCAAGUAGAUCACAAUCAUCCGCAUCUUCACAAGUACAACCUGUCGACCUCACAACUGUGCGAAAAUUGUCCAAAAGACAGAAAAAAAGAGAGGCGCAACGGGCAUAUAGAGAGAGGAAGGAAAAGCUACUCCAAACAUUGGUCGAAAAAGUCGAAACACUUGAGGCUGCAUACAGCGUGAUUAAAGAAGAACGCGACCAGCUCCAAAGUAGACUUGACAACAUAGUAAACACUACCGGACUUGUCAAAGACAAUGUACUAACCUUUCACGACCAUUUUGGAAGUCUAACAGAAUUCCAGUUCAAUACUUUUCUCUUCAGCAACCUACUACAGCAAGACACAAUAUAGCCAC